CGCGUUCGAGCAGCGGGGGAAGGAGGCGUUCGAGCCGCCUUUGUCUCGGUAACCGGCGCCCGUCCUUCCUGCCGGCUGCGCCGGGGGGGGGGCUCAGUGGUUCCGCGGCCGCCCCAGGCAUGCCGCGCCGGGGCUGCGGGAGGCGGCCGGUUGCGCACGCUUCCGACGGAUGCCUCGGGCUGUAGCGGCGGCGUUUGGGGCGCGGGACUCGGCGGCGGCUGCCGGUGCGGGAUUGCCGUGAGCGCGCUCUGGAAGAGGAGGAACUGGAAGGCAGGAGCAGCGGUGUUGGCUCUCCUCCGCCGGGGUCAGCCCUCCUGCAUGGUCGCGUUACUGUCGUGUGGACGCAUUGUCAAGCGCGCACCGAGAAAGGGACUCGCUUGUUCCCCCCCUCCCCGUGCUUGGUUUUCGUCGUGAUCAUCGUGCCGAAAUAACCACUUUUCUCCCGGUUUGCUGGUCCGCACCGAGGCAGGGGGAAUAUGCUCAUGAAGGAGUACCGGAUCUGCAUGCCUUUGACAGUUGAAGAGUACAGAAUUGGCCAGCUGUACAUGAUAAGCAAGCAUAGCCAUGAGCAGAGCGACCGAGGUGAAGGUGUGGAAGUGGUGCACAAUGAACCCUAUGAAGAUCCAAACCAUGGCAAUGGUCAGCUAACAGAAAAACGUGUCUAUCUCAACAGCAAACUGCCUAGCUGGGCUAGAGCCGUUGUUCCCAAAAUAUUUUAUGUUACAGAGAAAGCUUGGAAUUAUUAUCCUUAUACAAUCACAGAAUACACAUGUUCAUUUUUGCCUAAAUUCUCCAUUCACAUAGAGACAAAAUACGAGGACAACAAAGGAAGCAAUGACAGUAUUUUUGACAAAGAAGCUAAAGACCUGGAGAGAGAAGUCUGCUUUAUUGAUAUUGCCAGUGAUGAAAUUCCCGAGCGCUAUUACAAGGAAUCAGAGGAUCCUAAAUAUUUCAAGUCACAGAAGACUGGGAGAGGCCAGUUAAAAGAAGGCUGGAGAGAGACACAUCAGCCCAUCAUGUGUUCCUACAAGCUUGUGACUGUGAAAUUUGAAGUCUGGGGGCUUCAAACCAGAGUAGAGCAAUUUGUACACAAGGUCGUCAGAGAUAUACUAUUGAUUGGUCACCGGCAGGCAUUUGCCUGGGUUGAUGAGUGGUACGAUAUGACUAUGGAUGAUGUUCGAGAAUACGAGAAAAACAUGCAUGAAAAAACCAACAUUAAAGUUUGCAACCAACAUUCAUCUACUGUGGAUGAAAUAGAGAGCCAUGCCAAAGCAAGAACAUGACAAUGGAUGAAGUCCGAGAGUUUGAACGAGCAACUCAGGAAGCCACCAACAAGAAGAUUGGGAUUUUCCCACCUGCAAUAUCUAUCUCUAACACUUCCAUGCCUUCUUCAACCCGCAGUGCUCCAUCUAGUGCUCCA